CAAUAAAGAGAGAAACAAAUGUAAAGGUGGAAAAGAGCUGUCAGGACACCCACACGGGGCAAUGAUCUCACUCACAGGACCUGACUGUAAUCGGCACUGAGGGGACUGAACUAAAGGCCAGUAACCUCUGGAGAGAAAACAGCAACUGCAAGGCUCUGGGACGCACUUUCACUGGCACAGGGCUCGUGUCUCCUUGGUCAUGGCUACAGCGGAGCCUGCCCCAGCCUGGUGGAAGCUCACUUUCCUCCGCAAAAAGAAAUCAGAGCCCAAGGUGCUGUAUGAGAUACCUGCAGAAUACAGUACUAAUGCAGAAGCCAUGCCUGGAGCACCUGGAGCACCUGGAGCACCCGGAGCACCUGGAAAGCCCGAUGACACCCAGUUGAACGCUCGCCUUGAACGCAUCGUGGAUAAAACAGCCACAAAAGGGCGACAUGUUAAAGUCUCUCACUCAGGCCGCUUCAAAGAGAAAAAGAGGAUUCGGUCAACAUUAUCAGAGAACCCCGAGUUGUUCCCCAAUUCGGAGUCUUGCAAUGGGAAUGAGAGUACAGGGAAGUGAAGGAUGUGCAU